GGUCGUGCAAAAGAGGUGAAAAACGGACAUAUAUUCCGUGAAAUCCAUAGUCGGUCCCGGUAGGAGAAGGAACGACUAUUACAAAAACCCGGAAUGAUUGGGUAUCGCGUGUCGCGUUUUAGGAUUUCUCGGUGGGAUAAUUGUUGCGCCUUGAAAAUGUCCUGUGGAACCCACCAUCGCGGCCUAUUAAACCCGUUUCAACGUGAUGGCGGAAGUUCGUAAAAAACUGCGAUAUGCUCCAUGUGAAGUGAAGACUCUUUUGGGCUGUGCUAUGCAAUACUACUGCCUAAGGCACGGGAUCCUGAAGCCGAGAGCUUUCUACUGAACGGACGGACCGCCCCUGCCAAACAACGGUAUAAUCGUUACUCCGCCAUUUUCCCUCCCAGCCCAGACCAACGGCGGCUACCCUUAAACAGUGUCGUUUUCCGUGGAAAACAUGAAACGACGACGUCUGCUGCGGCAGUCAUAGUGUGUACGUACAUAUAUUUGUGCGUGAGCGCGUGCGGUAUCGCUGAAAUCAUAAUUUCGGUUCUACGAAUAACGCAUCUCAGUAUCUUACAUCUACCCCCUGCCCUGGCUGACGUUGUCGACGAUAGUGGAACGAGUAGGAGUUGACGUUUUCUCAAAUUUGGGCAAUUCCGGGCGACGACACAUACGGUGCAUACGUGGUGUGUGAGUGCGUGUGCGCUGAGUGUGUAUGUGUCUGUGCGUGUGCAUGUGUAUCAACACACACUGCGUUGCGGGUCCGUUGCUGCGUCCAAACCUUAGGUGGAUCAUUCCGUACCAGGGGCAAGUUAACGACAAACUUGUCUCGCUGCUGCCCUACCAAUCAGCCAGUACCGAUCACCACUCUCAACACAAGGGUGUCCGAAAAAGGGCCAGCAAUCAGCGUACUUCUAGCAACUAGCGCCAGUCUUACAGUCAACGGUUGGCAGAUGCAGGUUGCUGUCAGCAGCAUUUUAACGCAACACCAUCAGCCUGCGACCGUUCUAUCCAGCAGGGAAAUACCGGCGAUGCUUGCUAAAAAAUCGAGGGGUAGACCAUCAGAUGCGCCAGCAGUGAGAGCUCUGCCGCCUAGUGUUUCCGUUACAAUGCUGCCUACCAGGAGGCUGGAGUAACGACAGGGACUGAUUCGAUUCUCUAUGCUGAUCUCUGCAUAGUUCUAUCUAUCUCUCCCUCUUUCUUUCUCUCCUGCUACCUUAAAGAGAUAAAGCUGCUCCAGUUAGAGCUCCUUAGAACGAGUUUAAGGUGCAUUUAAGCGAUUCAAUACUAUAAUCGAUAAUGUACUUCGCUAAUGCAGUUGGCGGCUACCAUAAAUGGUGAAAGCUAUCCGGGUGACCAUCCGGGUGAUCAUUCCGACAUUGAGGUGCAAUACAUUGGAUCGCUCGAUUGCGCCACGUCACGAGUAGCAGCGGUUGCUAACCGAUCAGAGAUUCAACCACCAACCCUUGCAACGCGCAAUCGAAUUAGGUUAACGUUUUAGGCAGGGCGAUAGUGCAACGUGAGAUCCUGUAGCACAAUACCGCGAAGCAAUAGCACCGCAAUGGCUCAUCAUUUUCAAACGGCGACCGCAAUCACCAUCAGUGGCACGCCGAACGGUGAAUUGACCGGAUUCCGGAAUGGCUGUGAGAGCAGCAGCAGUAGCAGCACUGGCGGUGCCAAAGUGUUGAGCAAGGCGGUAGCGGCCAAAGUCAGCAAGGGAAGCUCACUCGCGACGCUUUGCAACAUCGGCAACUCAUGCUACAUGAACUCGGUGUUGUACACGCUCCGGUUGGCUCCUAAUUUCACCCAUAAUCUGCAUCAUCUCAUCGAGUUCUGUAACCUGGCGGUACCGCGGCGGUCACUUGAGCAGUCCGUUUUCUCGCUAGACUCACUAACGUCUCACGCGACACCUGCCCAGCAACAGCAGACUGCACAACACAAACCAAAAUCCUCCUCACUUGGUCGUAACAUUCCUGGCCUUCACGUGGCUAAUGGGCGUAGCUGGAGCAGCAAGGAUCUGGCGUCGCUCGGUGCGAGCAAUACAUCCGGCACCGCCAACAGUGGCAGCGGUGGCUCUUCGACUAUAGCGCUCGCUGUCAGUGGCAGUAACAGUAGUGGUGAGGCCAACAACCACACCAAUGGUGGAAACGAUCUCUAUCUUGGUCCAGCAGCCAGCACGAAUACGGCGUCAGUUGGCUUGAUCAGCAACAACAACAACGAAGGCGACGGAGGAUGUGGCCAGCAGCAACAACAGUCGGUCGGUGGAGCGGCCAAAAGCAGCAGCCAGGUGGUGUGCGAAACGCUGCACGAUCUGUUUCACAGUCUCACACACAACGAAGCGACGGGAAUGAUUGAGCCGUUCCACGCCGGGAGCGUAUUGCAAGCGGUACAGAGCGUAAGUACCACGUUCGAGGGCAACCAGCAGCAGGAUGCGCAUGAAUUUCUUAUGUGCAUCCUCGACAGUGUACGCGAAGCGUGCCAAACACUCAACCGGAACCUACUGGCCAAUCCGGACUUGUUACGAAGCAGUAGUACGCUUGUCGCUGGUGCAUCAACCACUGUUUUGGUUGACGGACUGGACUCUAAAAACCAGAUUUCCCCGGCUAGCCAGCCAGUCAGCGAAUCAAAGUUCAGCAACACCCCAUUCAAUCCACGCUACAUCUUCCGCCGGCGUAAAGAGUCGGUCAAGAGCGCCAAAGCAGCGGCCUGCAAGCUGAAGGGUGUACGCACACCGUCACUGUCGCUGACGAAGGUGGUCUCAUCGACGGUGCCGACCCAGGCGGAUAGCACACCAGCGGGUAUUGCUGGCGACUGCUGUGCAUCGUUCGAUACUACCGGUGAAGCACUGGCCAGCACUGGUCAACGGUCAUCGGGCGUUUCGCUGGACGAACGUACACAGGCACAGGAUCGUAUUCUCAAGUUGGGGUUGAACUUCUUCCGAGAAGACUUUGAGGGAGUCACGGUGUCCCGGACACGGUGCCUCUCGUGCGAAACGGUUACUGAGCAGAAGGAAACGAUGAUCGACAUUGCUAUCCCGAUUGCGGCCAGCGAAAUUAACGAUGUCGCCAAGAAUGCGCAACAAUUCUAUCAGGACGCGUGUAUAACGGAAGAAUACUUCCGGGGCGACAACAAGUACCGGUGCGAGACGUGCAGCGGCUACACGGAGGCCUGCCGAUCGAUCUCGUUCGAAAUAUUGCCCCGGUUGCUAAUCGUACAGCUAAAGCGCUUCAACGGCGACAUGGAGAAGAUCAACAGCUACAUCCCGACACCUUUCGUGCUGCAGUGCUUCUGUCGCGAUUGCCUCGGGAAGCCGGAGGCGGACAAGCGACACGUCUACCGGUUGUACAGCGUGAUUACGCAUGUUGGGGCCCGACUCUCCGUCGGCCACUAUAUAGCCUACACCUGCUCGCUCGAACUACCGCACCAGUAUUUCAAUUGCGGUCGGGAGCGGCAGCGCCGCUGCCUGGUGGCAUCCUCACUAGACGGUGCAGGUCACGGGUUAACCGAUGGUGCGCAACACCAGCAGCAGCAGCAGCAGCAGCAGCAGUUGGGCAGCACUGGUGGUACUGUUGGUGGUGGUAAGGGAUUCGAGCGAACCAGCGAGAAGAGCACCUCCGGACAGCUAAAGAAGCUAUUCGGCGGUAAGAAGCUCUCAAGUGCGGGUGAUAUGAGCAAGAAACUAAAGUACAAUGUGAUCAGUCGCUUUUCGCCCACCAACGGUGUGGACGCACCACAGUUGAACGGUAGCAACAACGGCAUGGCGACAGUCUCAGCAGCCGGUGCCGGACAGGGGUGCACCGAUGCCAGCGACGGAAAAAUUGGAGCGGCAAGUGAGGGAUCGUCUGUUACUUGUGCGCUAGCGGAAAAUGGAACGGGAAGUUCUCUCCAGGAAAGGGGUAGUUCGUUUACCAGUGUACUUUGUCCGAGUUACAGCUGCUGUGGAGUCUGUGUCAAGGGUACCAGUCGAUCGCUUGCUGCCACAGGCAGCGUAUUAGGUCCGGGGGCAACACCAGCCGUACCCACGGCAUCAAUAUUACUGGAUGGCUCGAGUGGCACUACUAACAACGGGUGCAGCUCUUCCAAUGCACCACGAACGAACGGCGGCCGUGCCGUCGCUCCGGUUACCACCAUCCACCCGAAUGCUCAUCUCGCCAUCAACCAUAACCACGUGCUCCCCGAAUGCACCAAUGGCGAUGUCGGUGUCAGCGCGCUGCCUAACGGUUUAUUACUGUCAUCGUUUGCUCUCAACUCCAACACCACUCAUUCGGGUAGUAUAGGGCAUACCACUAGUAACACCAAUACCAGCAGCACCAGCAACAAUGGCAACAACGACAGCGUUGGUUCAGGACUGGACUAUGCUACUCAGCAGCAGUAUCAGCAAUUGCAGAUGAAGUGGUUUAUGUGUGAUGAUGAUAAAAUCAAGGUGAUGACACAGGCCGAGUUCGAGGAUAUGCUGUCACCUCGGCGGCGGCAUGUGAUAACGCCGUACCUGCUGUUCUACGCACGAUUUGAUGUGCAAUCGGCCGCAACGUCACCUCAACUCGCCACCUCUCAAUCAAACGUGACGUCGGGGGCAACAAUUAAAGCGUACGCGGGCCAGGCCCCCAGUUCGUCGGCAGGCAGCAGUGGAACCAUGUUAGCCUCCACCAUCAGCUCCAAUCAUCCGGCCUCGUCAGGAUCGCCUCCGACUGUCCUAUCCGAUGGUCCAAACUCCUCGGUCGUCACACAGUAGAGACAUACACAGCGGAAUAUACAAAUGCGUGUGACCGCACGCACAUAAAUACAUAGACACAAGAGUGAUUGAUAUCAGCAUUUCCUUUUUCUCUCCCUUCCCUCCUCUCUUUCCCUACCAAUCGCUCGCUUCUUCUCCAAUCCUUCAGCGUUUCCUUUUAGCUCUUCUUCCCGGAUGAGCCGAUUAGUAUUUAAUGAAAAGUGAUCCUUCGUAGGCCUGUCGAUUAGGAUGAACAUAGGAGGUAGCGUAGGGAGUAAUCUACGACAGGACGCGCAGCUGACCUUCCAGGCGCAGGCAGAUCAGUAUUCUGUAUGUCAUGGCCAUGUUAGAUGGAGGCAUUCUAGCGCUUCCGUGAUUGAAACUCUUCGCUUUAGCAGUAUUGUAGAUCGUGUGAAAGCGCAAAAACUAUAAUCGUUGUAACAUAUAUGUAUCUGCUUAUAGGUAUGAUGGCUAAAAGCGGUAUAAGCAAGAGGGCGAAACAAGUAUUCAUAAUUGCAAGUAGGCAAGAUCCGAUAUGUAAAAGCUAGAAAAUAGCAUUGGAGCAUUAGGUAGAUGGUAACAAGCCUGUCUACAGUCGAAUUUGUAUGCAUAGCCGAAGCCAAGCAGCGGAAUGUAUCAUCAUCGGCAAAUUUUUCAGGUGCUUUCAUAGGCAAAUAGAUAAAGGAAGAGGAUGUGAAUGAUUGCCAAAAAGCUCGAAUGAUUUUCUCUGGCUGGAGGACGUUGGGAGUCUAGCAUGGUAGUCUGUGGUCAGGCUAGGAGCGCCGAGAUGGGAAGAAUCCCGAAGAAGGCUAAGAGCCGCGCUCGUGCGCAUAGGUUCACUGGUAAGCGAAGAAUCAGAUCGCCCAAUUAACCAGCUUGAAUGGCAUUCGGAGUUAGGUGUGCACGAGGAAACGCUCGGUGAUUGUAUAGUAAUUGCACAAUGCGAUAUUGCUUAAUCGUAGCGUUACGGUUUUGAGAGAUUGUGCUUUAGUCGCGUUUUCAUUUGGUUUCGUUAUAAAUUUCAUUUCAUGUUCACGUCUGCAAUCGUGGUACGCAUAUCAUUAUGCAACUGGCGGUUGAGUCGUCAUACAUUCAGAUACAUUUGAAUGGAUUUGGCUUGUUCCAUUUCUUCUGCUGAUUAUGUUCCAUACUUAUAUUAUACUUCAGAUUUUAUUCUUAAGGAUGAUGAUUGAUUAAUGGAUACAAAAGUGUUCCAAAGGUAGCAACCUUUAUAUGGACAGAAACAUACAACCUUUGGGCGAAUUAAAAACACUAGCUUUCGAUGGUAACACACCACAGCGAUAUUGCCGAAGUGCUUGUCUUUGCAACCCAAACGUUUCACCGAUGCACACCUAAUGAAUUGUUUUGUUAUAUAGUUUCGUUUCCUUUAUCUUCCCUUCAAUUCUCCGCUCUCCUACCCUAUCCCUAACUUCAUUUGUUUAAAAUUAAGUAUCAUCUACUGAUCUAGGAUAACCAAAAUUAACAGUCAUAAUUUCACCGCUACCAAUGUGAUGGAUUAUAUAGUACUCCUAGUAUAGCAGUUAUGUAAAUAAGCGCGCCCGCAACGUCAAGUGGAAAGCUUAUCUCGCUUAGAGAUUACCUUUUCAAACGGACCACACAUGGUCGGUCGAUAGCAAGAGUAUUUAAGGAGGCGAGCAGUGCGCAAACCACUCAGCAGCAAAUUAUGCCGCUUGCCCAAUAAAAGGAAGCGCAAGAAGCACUCUCAAAUGAGCAAAAAAUUAUGCAUUCACGCGUUUGAGUGUGUGUGUGUGUGUGUGAGCGAGAGAGAGAGAGAGAGAGAGAGAGAGAGAGAGAGAGAGAAAACGAAAAAGAAGAGAGAGAGAGAGAGAGAGAGAGAGAGAGAGAGAGAGAGUAAUCUGUUGUUGGUAUGUUUAGUGAUGGUAAGGAUAACGAAGGAGAGUCUUAGUUGCAUCUAAUGUCUUAGGAAAAACGGACAGAAUGUUAAAUCAACUUAAUGAAUGCUAGGUUGCGUUGUGCAAAGGAAAAGGGCCCGCUGCUCAGAGUAAGUUAUUUGAACAAGACACUGUAGAUGUAGUGCGAGAGACGAGUUGUGUUCGCACCGCAAUAGACGUAUCGUGUCGCGUACGCGUGUCCCUCUGUGCACCUCCAGAGCAUAGGGACAGAAUCAGCCUGCCAGCCAACCGCAGACACUGUCUCCAGAUCGCAAAGAGUUUGUCCGUUCCGCGUCGUUCAUGCACAUGCAACUCACCAAAAGCAAAAUAAAAAAGGUUUAAAAAACAGGUCGACAAACGGAAACCGGAACCGGUAGUGUGGAGUUGGGGCUGGCCCCUACUGGCACGGUCAGGGCAUUGGAAAGAGGGUGCUCUGUGCGAAGCGAAUGGGUGGACAGAAAUAAAAACAAAAACAAACUAUCUAUAGUACGUCUCCGAGCUACCGUGUGUAUGUGUUCUACACCCUUACAAUUCACAGUACUUUUAAGAACUUCUUUUUGUUGAAACGUUAUGCUAUAUUAUUUGAUUGGAGCAGA